CUUGCAGCCCCCAUGGUUAGAUGUAAUUAGUGGUGGUGACCUGCUAAUGACUGCUUUUGAUAAAUGGCAUCCAGGAUGAGUAUUUUUUAUAAAUAGAAAUUAAGAUGGAAGAAAACUAAAUGACUAGGGUUGGGGAUUUAAUUAUGUGGGUAUUAUACAUGUCAAAAAUUUUUUAAGGUAAAUAACUGUUUUUUCUGACUUGAAUUGGCAUGGGACAGGUGUGAGAAGCAUUUUGAAGCUUGAUUUUUAUCUAUGUGCCUCAGUCUCUGCACAAAGGGCCACAGAACAGGAGCCUGGCUUCCAGCAGAAUGGGAGUGCACAAAUUCCUCUCUCUAGGAUACAUCUCCUUGGCCCUGCUGUUCACUCAGCAGGCCGGGGCUCAGUUCCCAAGGGAGUGUGCCACCACGGAGGCUCUGAGGAGUGGGGUGUGCUGCCCAGACCUGGCCCCCGGGUCCGGGCCCGGGACUGACCCCUGCGGCUCCUCCUCAGGGAGGGGCAGGUGUGAGGCCGUGAUUGCAGACUCCCGGCCCCACAGCCCCCAGUACCCGCAUGAUGGCCAAGACGACCGGGAGGGCUGGCCCACACGGUUCUUCAACAGGACGUGCCGCUGCAAUGGCAACUUCUGGGGGCACAACUGUGGGACUUGCCGUCAUGGAUGGAGAGGAACCGCUUGUGACCAGAAGGUUCUCACAGUCAGGAGAAACCUCCUGGAUUUAAGCACAGAAGAGAAGAACUACUAUGUCCGGGCCCUGGAUAUGGCGAAGCGCACCACUCACCCCCUGUUUGUCAUUGCCACCAGGAGGACAGAAGAGAUCCUGGGGCCAGAUGGCAACACACCACAGUUCGAGAACAUUUCCAUUUACAACUACUUUGUGUGGACACACUAUUACUCAGUCAAAAAGACUUUCCUUGGGCCAGACCAGGAAAGCUUCGGCGAAGUGGACUUCUCCCAUGAGGGGCCAGCCUUUCUCACGUGGCACAGGUACCACCUGCUGCAGCUGGAGAGAGACAUGCAGGAAAUGUUGCAGAAUCCUUCCUUCUCCCUUCCUUACUGGAAUUUUGCAACCGGGAGGAACGUCUGUGACAUCUGCACCGAUGACAUGAUGGGCUCCAGAAGCAACUUUGAUCCCAACCUUAUAAGCCCGAACUCUGUCUUUUCUCAAUGGCGAGUGGUGUGCGAAUCCCUGGAAGAUUAUGAUACCCUAGGAACCCUGUGUAACAGCACUGAGGGGGCGCCAAUUAGGAGGAAUCCAGCCGGAAACGUGGCCAGACCAAUGGUGCAGAGGCUUCCUGAACCACAGGAUGUGGCUCAGUGCUUAGAAGUUGGAUUAUUUGACACACCUCCGUUCUAUUCCAACUCUACAAACAGUUUCCGAAACACAGUGGAAGGUUACAGUGAUCCCACGGGAAGGUACGAUCCUGCUGUUCGAAGCCUUCACAAUUUGGCUCAUCUAUUCCUGAAUGGAACAGGGGGACAAACCCAUUUAUCUCCAAAUGAUCCUAUUUUUGUCCUCCUGCAUACUUUCACUGACGCAAUCUUUGAUGAAUGGCUGAGGAGAUAUAAUGCUGACAUAUCCACAUUUCCAUUGGAGAAUGCCCCUAUUGGACAUAAUAGACAAUACAAUAUGGUGCCAUUCUGGCCUCCAAUUACCAACACUGAAAUGUUUGUUACUGCUCCAGACAACCUGGGAUACACCUAUGAAGUUCAAUGGCCUGGUCGGAGUUUUCAAAUUUCUGAGAUUAUUACCAUAGCAGUGGUUGCUGCUUUAUUGCUGGUUGCAGUCAUUUUUGUGGGCGCUUCUUGUCUGAUCCGUGCCAGAAACAAGAUGGAUGAAGCCAGUCAGCCUCUCCUCACUGACCAGUAUCGACACUAUGCUGAAGAAUAUGAAAAAAUCCCGAAUCCUAAUCAAUCCAUGGUCUAACUAUAAAAGACCAAUUGUCUUACACAAUAGUAUUACAAAAGCCCUGGCUGAACAAUAAUAGAUUGAGUUGCUAGCUGUAUUUCCAAUCAUUCUGUUCCCUUCUUCCUAUGCCUGCACAAGUUGAAAUUAAAGCUCCAGAAAUCACUUUCCAGA